CAAGGUGCAACAUAAAAUUGCAGUUCAAGCCACAUCUUUUAGAGCACAUUGCUAUAAUUUCAAUAAGAAAACCUAUUUAAUAUUUAAGUUUCAAAAUCUUGUAUAUAUAAGUAUAUGCUAAAAUGUACCCCGUUGGCCAACCUCCAACGGGGGAGACGAGUGCUGGUGCAGUAGGCGUGACUGGUGCUGUGACUGCGGCGGCGGGUGCUACGGCUGCAGCUCCCGGGGCUCCGAGCACUGCGCCAGCAACUGGGGCUCCGCCUCCAGUCGCGGCAGGGGCAGGGGCUAUGGCGCUUGUUCCUCCAGCUGCAGCACCUCCUCCCGAUUUACCAGUACUAACAUGUCCACGCCGUCCUAACCUCGGUCAUGAAGGUCGACCGAUUAUGCUAAGAGCAAAUCAUUUUCAAAUAUCAAUGCCUAGAGGUUUUGUGCACCAUUAUGAUGUUAAUAUACAGCCAGAUAAGUGUCCUAGAAAGGUUAAUAGGGAAAUUGUUGAAACUAUGGUCCACUGUUACAAUAAAAUAUUUGGUACAUUGAAGCCAGUGUUUGAUGGGAGAAACAAUUUAUAUACAAGAGAUCCAUUACCAAUUGGUAAUGAUAGGGUUGAAUUAGAAGUAAUAUUACCAGGAGAGGGAAAGGAUAGAGUUUUCCGUGUCACCAUUAAAUGGGUUGCUCAGGUAUCACUAUUUGCAUUGGAAGAAGCGCUGGAGGGCCGUACAAGACAAAUUCCAUAUGAUGCUAUAUUAGCAUUGGAUGUGGUGAUGAGACAUUUACCUUCCAUGAUGUAUACACCUGUUGGACGCUCAUUCUUCUCAUCUCCUGAGGGAUAUUAUCAUCCUCUUGGUGGUGGCAGAGAGGUCUGGUUUGGAUUCCAUCAGUCGGUGAGACCGAGUCAAUGGAAAAUGAUGCUAAAUAUUGAUGUGUCUGCAACUGCCUUUUAUAAAGCUCAACCAGUGAUAGAGUUCAUGUGUGAAGUAUUAGAUAUAAGGGACAUAAAUGACCAAAGAAAGCCUCUGACAGAUUCUCAACGUGUUAAGUUUACAAAAGAAAUCAAGGGACUCAAGAUUGAGAUCACACAUUGUGGUACAAUGAAACGUAAAUAUAGAGUGUGUAAUGUUACGCGCAGACCUGCACAAAUGCAAUCGUUCCCACUGCAAUUAGAUAAUGGACAAACAGUAGAAUGUACAGUAGCCAAAUAUUUCUUGGAUAAGUAUAAGAUGAAACUUCGUUAUCCCCACCUGCCGUGUCUUCAAGUGGGUCAGGAGCAUAAGCACACAUAUUUGCCAUUGGAAGUCUGCAACAUUGUUCCCGGUCAGAGAUGCAUUAAAAAGCUAACUGAUAUGCAGACUUCUACUAUGAUAAAGGCAACUGCUAGAUCUGCACCUGAUAGGGAGCGGGAGAUCAACAACUUAGUUCGUCGCGCGAACUUCAACACUGACCUUUAUGUAAAGGAGUUUGGAUUAACAAUAUCGAAUAAUAUGAUGGAAGUGCGCGGUCGUGUUCUGCCGCCGCCGAAGCUUCAAUAUGGCGGACGUGUAUCUUCAUUGGGAGGGCAGCAAGCAUUACCAAACCAAGGUGUGUGGGACAUGCGCGGUAAACAAUUCUUUAUGGGAGUUGAGAUUCGAGUUUGGGCGAUUGCCUGCUUUGCACCUCAAAGGACUGUUAGAGAAGAUGCCCUCAAAAACUUCACACAGCAGCUACAAAAGAUUUCGAAUGAUGCUGGUAUGCCCAUCAUUGGGCAGCCGUGCUUCUGCAAGUAUGCAACGGGUCCAGACCAAGUGGAGCCAAUGUUCAAAUACCUCAAGUCCACAUUUGUGCAGCUGCAGUUAGUUGUAGUUGUGUUGCCCGGGAAGACGCCAGUUUAUGCCGAAGUGAAACGUGUUGGUGACACUGUGCUCGGUAUGGCGACACAGUGCGUGCAAGCUAAGAACGUGAACAAAACAUCUCCACAGACGCUCAGCAACCUCUGCUUGAAGAUCAAUGUCAAACUUGGCGGGAUUAACUCUAUUUUGGUACCAUCGCUGCGUCCAAAGGUGUUCAAUGAGCCUGUAAUCUUCUUGGGCGUGGAUGUGACCCACCCACCAGCUGGAGACAAUAAGAAGCCAUCCAUUGCUGCUGUGGUGGGCUCGAUGGAUGCUCACCCCUCAAGAUAUGCGGCAACGGUUCGCGUGCAGCAACAUAGUAUUGACAGACAGGAGAUAGUGCACGAGAUGAGCAGCAUGGUGCAAGAGCUGCUGAUCAUGUUCUACAAGAGCACGGGCGGGUUCAAGCCACACCGCAUCAUCAUGUACCGUGAUGGCAUCUCCGAGGGACAGUUCAUACAUGUGUUGCAACAUGAACUGACCGCUGUUCGAGAAGCUUGUAUUAAGCUGGAGGCGGAGUACAAGCCGGGUAUAACGUUCAUAGUGGUGCAGAAGCGACAUCACACUCGGCUAUUCUGCGCCGACAAGAAGGAGCAGUCGGGCAAGUCGGGCAACAUCCCCGCCGGCACCACUGUAGACCUCGGCAUUACACAUCCCACUGAGUUCGACUUCUAUCUUUGCAGCCACCAGGGUAUACAGGGCACGUCGCGUCCGUCUCACUACCACGUGCUGUGGGACGACAACCACUUCGGGUCGGACGAGUUGCAAUGUCUCACAUACCAGCUGUGUCACACGUAUGUGCGCUGUACACGCUCCGUGUCCAUCCCCGCACCAGCUUACUACGCUCACCUCGUGGCCUUCAGAGCUCGUUACCACCUCGUGGAGAAGGAGCACGACUCCGGUGAGGGCAGCCACCAGUCCGCCUGCAGCGAGGACCGCACUCCCGGCGCAAUGGCGCGCGCCAUCACCGUACACGCCGUCACCAAGAAGGUUAUGUACUUCGCCUAGUGCUGCCAUCUACACACAAACGACAAUAUUAUUUCUCUUUUU